CAGCAUCAUUCUACUAUCCAUUCGUAUUUAGAAGUCGCGUGCUCCUAUUGUUCGUUGUUUAUUAGGGUUGUGUUUGACUCUGGGCUCGGCAGGUUUGUUCCAUACUUGCUUCGGCCGCAGCAGCUCCUUUGCUUCUGGGCCAACUUCGAGAUCGUCCACGUCAUUACGAGAGCAUUCGACUUUUCGGAAUUUUUAAUCAAGACAGGGGAAAAAAAAUCACGAUUCGAUUCAGUCGGCGUGAAUCAGGAAUCAACCAAUCGCGCGGAGACAUGUACGCGGAUCGCCUAGAGCAGGAGAAAGAGACGGUCAGAACGCGGCUGUCGGGGGGGGAAGGCGGCGUGCGCGCGGCCGUGAGCGCAGGGCCGAUUAGAAACCGCGUGUCGUUCAAGAAGGGGGGGUCUGGCACCACCUUCAGGCGCCUCUCUGCUGGCGACGCGGGCGACGACAGGUGGCAUCACGACCUGUUCGACCAAAGCGGUGGUGAUGACGAUGAUGGUGUUCCCCCUGCAAACGACCUCCGCGCGCUGCUCAAGGCCAAGGGGGGGAAGCAGGGGGGGAAAGGGGGAACACUGGGGGGGAGGGUGGGGGGAAAGGUGCAGGUCGGGGGGAAGGGUAGAGGGGCUGUGACGAAUCGAUCAUUUAGGAGUGAUGAGCGGGUGGCUAGUGGGGAUCCGGGAGGGGUGAUCAGAAUAGCCGCUGCUGCUGCUGCCGCUGCUGCUUCUGCAGGAGGGGGAGGGGGAGGGGGGGGAGGACGGGUGGUGAAGCAGCAGGAGCAGCAGCAGAGGCGGCUGACAGUGGUGGUGGCGAAUGAUGGGAGCGUUGGAGGGGGAGGCGGUAGGAGGAGAAGCACAGUGCUAGGAGGGGUGGGAGCUGAGAGGGGGGUGACAGCAAUGGAAGCGGAUGUGACUAUGGAGGGGGGCGAGGAGGAGCAGACCGUUGCUUCGUUUCUUGCCGGCCUUGGGCUCAGCAAGUAUGCCGACCUGUUCCAGACAGAAGAGAUUGACUUGCACACUCUUCAUCGCAUGUCGGAAAACGAUUUGAAGGAGCUCGGCAUCCCCAUGGGCCCUCGCAAGAAAAUUGUUCAAGCAAAUGGGGCUGCGUUGUAAGAAUUCUGAAUGUGUGAAGCCAUCUCUAUUGUGAAGCAAAAUCUGUAAGGGCGUGUCCCCAAAAAUCGUCAACCCGUUUUGGACACAGUACGCAAUGUGAAUCAAUUUUCAACUGAUCCCGUUUUGGGAACAGGCCCGACAUGAAGGGUACAGUUCGGAAGGACAGCACCUAGACCAGCACAGACUUGGUGCAGGGGGUAUGCUCUAUGCUCCAAAUCCGCGACUCGCAAAUAUGGACUAGGACGAAUAAGAGCGGUUCACUAUGGGCAAAAUGGAUUAUCGAGUAGCACGUACGGUUUUAGGUGGGGUGGCAUAGGCCGUUUUACUCGUUCUGUUCACGAUGGGUGCCUUGGCGUAUUGACCCUUGGGCCAGGUUACCAGCGACUUCGCCGAGUGUCAUGUGUGGGCUCAUGUGGCCUCUUAAAAAACGUUCAGCACAUUUGUCGUAUGGUCAGAAUUAUCGCGGAAAAUAGAAGUAACACCUCUGU